AUGCUGGCGCACAUGGUCCAGGUGGCCACGACAUUGAUCCAGCUGUACACCCAGCAGCUCAACGGGGUCGACCGGAAGGAUGCACUGGCCAUCGCAGCAGAGGUUGGACGGAGGAGUGUUCCAACAGUACGGCUGUGGGAGCGGGGUUUCAUCGCGCGCAUACGUAUCAAGCCACCUGACACAGGUCGCUCCAAGCGCCGGUUAUUGCUGGAACUCGGCGAAGGCGUCUCGAGGCUCGCGAAAGGCUGGGCGCUCGAGAACUGCGGGAUACUCAGCGGGCAAGCCAACAAGACGGUGGAGGAUUUCCGCAAGUGGGUGAACAGCACCAUCAUGCCGAUGCUGGAGGCGCAACAACCGGAGGACUUCGACCCUUUUCAUGGAUUGAGAAUAAACCUAGUGGAAGAGAACGAGCCGCCAAGGCACCAAAUCUCCCUUUCCACGGCAACAGAGUGGCUGAAGAAGAUGGGAUGCGAAUACCACGACGGCAAAAAGGGUCUAUACUUCGAUGUCCACGACGACGAGAAGACCCCAGUGUACCGGCACGACGAGUUCCUGCCGGCGCUGUUCGAGACCCGCGACUACAUGGAGGUGUGGAUUCCAAUGGGCAAAGAGGAAGCGGUCGCCUGGGGCAUUGGCGUUUAUGCGGGCUGGCAGACUUACCCGCAGACCUGCAAGCCAGAGUGCAGAGCAAGAAAACCUACCCCGACGNGGCGUUUAUGCGGGCUGGCAGACUUACCCGCAGACCUGCAAGCCAGAGUGCAGAGCAAGAAAACCUACCCCGACGGGAGGCGGGCCAUGCUUCUCUACCAGGACGAAAGCAUAUUUCGAGCCAACGACGACCAGAGGUACGCGUGGUAUCGGGACGGCCAGCACGUGCCCGUCAAGAAGUCACAAGGCCAGGGGAUCAUGGUGUCGGGGACAAUCAUCCACAACCUCGGCUUUUUCUCGGCAUCGCGGGAACAGAUCAAGGAGGCGGAGCGCAACCGCAGGAAACGAUGCACUGCCUCAGUUGCCGCGAAGAGGCCGGGGGAAAACGUGAAAGUCGAGAAGUUCCGCCCUAUCGACAUGCUGCACAAAGACGAGCACGGACGGUACUGGUCCUACCACCUCUUCGAGUACGGCAAGAACAAGGAGGGAUACUGGACCGGGCUCAAGAUGCUGGACCACAUGGCAGACGUGCUCGACGUGUCCACAGUUCUCUACCCUGAGCACAAGCCUGUAGGCCUGUUCGACUGGUCGUCCUGGCAUGAUUGCAUGGAGGCCGUCGCACAGUCGGUGAAGAGAAUAAACUUGGGUGUCGGUGGUGUGAGGAACGGAGAUGAGCUUGCGCCGAUGGACCCCGUGACCAUCCUCGAAGACACGCCGAACCUCCCAGCGGGCACGAUACAGCACUUGACGUUCCGGAGGGGAGACGCCCCCCCUUCCACUCCCCGCAUCUCCGGCCGGCCGAGCAUGUCGGAAAGUUGA